UUCAUAAACAGCUCGUCAUCCACCUCCGUAGCUUGCUAGCCAACAUAGCCGAAAGAUUCAAGCUAUUUAUACGCUUUCGAUGUAUAUUAGCUACUGUGUUUUAGACACACUUCUGUCGUAUCUACUUGUUAACCUAUUUAAUUGAAUAUUACGUUAUUUUGUAUUAGUCAGCUAUAGUAACUGGCUGGUUUAGUUAGCAUUAGCCUAGUCGCUAAUGAUAGCUAGCUAGCUAACGUCCCCGAACAUGAGCUCCCUAAACUACUCCCCUCCCAUUAAAGAAGAGGCAGUCUGCUGGACGGAGAAAGAAGCUCUGGGGCUGAACAUUGUCGUGAAAGAGGAGAAGGAAGAGGAGGAUGUCACAGUAAAACAAGAAGUAGAGGGUGAGGCUGUUACCGUGAAAGAAGAAGAGAAAGACGUUUCAGUGAAAGAAGAGGAAGACGCGUUCAGAGUGAAAGAGGAGGAUGUUACUGUGAAAGAAGAGGAGGAUGCAGUUUUUGGAGUGAAGAAGGAAGGAGAGAUUACUGUCACAUUGAAAGAUGAAGAUGAGGAGAUAGGAGAUCUGAGUAACACCAGAGAGAGACCAGACUUUCCCUUUGACAGACGGAAGAGUCCUUCAGGGGAACCAGACCCAGAGACUCCCAAACCAGUGACACGACAUCACUGCUCCCUGUGUGGAAGGAGUUUUACCAAGUUAGGGAACCUAAAAGAGCAUGAGAGAAAACACACAGGAGAAAAGCCUUUCCAAUGCUCCCAGUGUGGAAAGAGAUUUUCACGAACUCAUGAACUAAUAUUACAUGAGAGGACACACACAGGGGAAAAACCACACAAUUGCUCCCAGUGUGGAAAGAGUUUUGCGCAGUUAGGGAACCUAAAAAAACAUAAGAGAAUACACACUGGAGAGAAACCUUACCCCUGUUCCCACUGUGGAAAAUAUUUUAGGUUGUCAGAACACUUAAAAUCACAUGAGAGGACACACACAGGGGAAAAAACACACAAUUGCUCCCAGUGUGGAAAGAGUUUUUCCCAUUUAGGGAACCUAAAAAAACAUAAGAGAAUACACACUGGAGAGAAACCUUACCCCUGUUCCCAUUGUGUAAAGAAAUUUAGGUUAUUACAAAACUUAAAAUCACAUGAGAGGACACACACAGGGGAAAAACCACACAAUUGCGUCCAGUGUGGAAAGAGUUUUUCCCAUUUAGGGAACCUGAACAAACAUAAGAAAAUACACUCUGGAGAGAAGCCUUACCCCUGUUCCCAAUGUGGAAAGAAUUUUGCAUUGCCAGAAAGCUUAAAAUCACAUGAAAGGACACACACAGGGGAAAAACCACACAAUUGCUUCCAGUGUGGAAAGAGUUUUUCCCAUUCAGCGACCCUGAAUCAACAUAAGAGAAUACACUCUCAAGAGAAGCCUUACCACUGUUCCCAGUGUGGAAAGAAUUUUGCAUUGUCAGAGAACCUGAAGGAGCACGAGAGGACACACACAGGAGAAAAGCCUUACAAAUGCUCCCAGUGUGGAAAGAGUUUUACUAAACCAGGGAACCUGAAAAGGCAUGUGGACAUACACACACAGGGGAGGGUAAGCUCACAGUUUGGAAAGAGCUUUAGUUAGGAACCUAAUUGUGGAAAGACAUUUUCCCGGACAGAGGACCUGAAAUCACAUGACAGAAUAGACGGGCUGUGUUCUGAUGAGUCACUGUGUUCUGACUGAUGUUUGACUGUUGUGUUAUGGCACAUUAAAUCAUAUUGUUUAUAUGAAAUUUAACUCAAAAAUAGGCCUCUACUUUUGUUUUAGUUUUUUCCUCUGGAGACAUGGUCAUGUCUAAAAUAAGAUUCACAUUUUAAAAUGUGAUUCAUUGAAUACAAGUAUGAACCCUUAUUAGUCCACAAUGUGUUGAUUGUAAAAAUUAUUUGAUUAAUGCAACAUUAUCUGAAUAAACUGUAUAGAACUACGUUAGCCACUUGUGGACAUUCAUUAUAUACAUCUAUGUACUUACAGAAAUGAGUUAUUCUGAAUGGAGGGCUGGAAGGUAGAUAACACAACGUAUCAGGAGAGGUCUUCUGAUUGGUUGAAUGGAUGUCAGGACAGGUCUCUUCUGAUUGGGUGAAUGGAUGUCAGGAGGUGUCUUCUGAUUGGGUGAAUGGAUGUCAGGAGGGGUCUUCUGAUUGGGUGAAUGGAUGGCUGGAGAGGUCUUCUGAUUGGGUGAAUGGAUGUCAGGACAGGUCUCUUCUGAUUGGGUGAAUGGAUGUCAGGAGGUGUCUUCUGAUUGGGUGAAUGGAUGUCAGGAGGG